AUGAACCAGCUCCAGCAAUCACCGCAGCAGGAAGGCAUGGCUUUGCUUCGACAUGAAUUCCACCAGGGAUUAGUAAAUUGGGGAGAACCGCGCUUGAGUCCCGGCCGGGUGCAGCAGGUCAGCGCGUGCCCUCUCAGCGCGCUAAACAGGAAAGACGAUUCCUCCUACUUCACAUUGGACUCGGACAAGCCUUCUAAUAAACCACUAGCGGACGCUUCCGCCUUCACCAGACUAAUGACAGACAGUGGUUCCGUGGGCAUCGGCGCUGGUCCCAUUCAGAGCUACUUCGGUGCAGAACAGCAAUCCUACUCUGGGCCGAAACUCCCCCAUCACAGGAGCCAGGACGUGUCCUCGGUCUGUCUCCCGAACGCGUCUCAUUCAGAUACCCGACAGCUGUACAACCUGAGCUUCCCAGUCAAGCCUUGCCUUGAUAAAAAGCUCGUUGACGAUGACUUAGAGGUCUGCAACACCGUGUGUCCAACCCAGAGGAACAAUACUACGAUCAUCCUCACCCUCAACAACAAUCACAACAACGAGGAAGAAGCAGAGCUAGGUUUACGGCGAGAACAGCCCCUCUCAGACUGUCCCGACGGCAAUAAAACUCACAGACAGCAGACGCAAGAGGAAAGGAAAUUGGAGAACGCCCCAAGCGGAUGGUUGUCAGCGAAAGCAGGAAGGAAAAAACGGUGCCCUUACACCAAACACCAAACGCUAGAACUGGAGAAGGAAUUCCUCUUUAACAUGUACCUGACUCGAGAGCGCCGCCUAGAGAUCAGCCACAGCGUCAAUCUCAGCGACCGUCAGGUCAAAAUCUGGUUCCAGAAUCGCCGGAUGAAACUUAAAAAAAUGAGAAGAGAGCACAGGACCCUGGGCGCGAGUGCACAUUACUCCAUGUGACACAAUUCUGUCAGAUAAAGAAUUCUAAUUCGCGCGACACAAAAAUAUACAAAAAUAAAUAAAUGCAAAGCCAAGAUGGUUAAAACGGAAAAUAUGGAUAAUAUUAAAACAAAUGUCCUACCAUGAAGAACACAGAAUAUCCUUGCAUACGGGCCUACAUGUUUAUGACAAAAAGACAUAGUCUUCGCUACGUUUCUCCAGAGCCACGUGUGCCCCGCAACACAAAAUACAAACCCCUUCUGGUUCAUUUGUAUUCAAAACACCCCUUUUUUGUCAUUUUUAUGUUUUUCUGUCGUUUACUUAGUUUCAGUGGACAUCUGAAAGAUAUUUCGUUGUGGUCUGGAGGUGCGUUGUUUACAACUCGUGAGUAUGAAAAUACAGACUAAUGCCUGUUUUCCAUUAAUUAGCCUGUAAAAGAUCACUUCAUUUCUUUAUGUUCACGCUAUUUUAUUAAUUUCAGGUACUAGUGAUAUUAAAGGGAUACUUAUAAAAUGUCAAUAAAUUAAAAUGUUCUGAAAUGCUUACCAAUAUAAGCACAGUGUAGUAUCGGGGUGAAUGAACCAGUAAUGCUGGUUUGAGAACGUAGCCUAUGCAGGCCAUACUGAAAAUGCUGGCAAGUUCAUUGCACGAAAGGAGUUCUGUGAAUUCAAAAUGCGGAUGAAUGUACUAUAAUGUUUAUAACCAGACGGCUUAUUGUAUUUUGCGUUUUGGGUACUUUAAUCACUGUAAUUUCUAUAGAUAAAUGUUCUUUCUAUGUAAUAACCAGUCGUUGUGCUGGGUAUAAUGUGCUGAAGGAUAAUCUUUCCCGAUUCGAAUAUUUAUUAUUGCGUACAUGUUUAAAUGGUUUCUAGAGAUCUGACAUAUCUAGCAUAUUUGUUUCUAAGGAAUUUGACUUGCGGAAUUUAAUAUCAGUGAUAGACCUCUUAAUAUAAUGCUUUAGUAAGGACGAUUCAUGACACUGGGGAACUGUAGUGUGAGCCAGUGGGCGUAGGCCUAUAUCACUAAUUCUGUGGAAUGUGUCUUGGGACU